AUGUCUAAACCAGGCAUCAACGGCGACGCCCCAACGGCCGGCUUCGACCUCGAGACCACUGCUAUAGCGCUGGCCUCGUCGGCGACCGCUGUCAGGAUUCCCUGUCUUCGAUCAAUUGACGACGCACUGGCCCGAGGAAUCCUCGACCUGCCAACGACCGCUAAGAUCCUCCAGCUACUCUUCGAAACCAUACCAUACUAUGCCGACCGAAAAUCGAGAUUGGCUGUCCAGGCCUGCCUCGUCACAAUUCUCAAGGCCGGAGCUGACCCCAAGCUCCUUGGGCUCCUCGUCAAGCGCCUGCGCCAAGAGACCCAGAAGCCUGCUAUUGCCGCGUCUACUUCCUUCGUUCUUGUGGAGUGGUGCAGCCUGCUCAUGCAGCAUCUGGCUGGUACCAGCUCAUGGGACGAGUUUGGAAAUGACGUUCUGAUUAGUGACGCAGACGCUUUCGAUCGAUGUCUGCUGCCUGCUGCCAAGAAGAGCGUGUCCAACUCGGCCACCGUCAUCACGAGGAGGGGCUUCCGCCAGCUCUUCGAGCCCGCCGAAACCCGCGAGAAAGAUCUCAAAGGUGCCGUCAAAAUCCUGACCACCAAGGGCGGGCAGCCAACCGCCAAGAAUGCCCCUCUUCUGGGUGUCAUUGCCGGUGUCUCUGCUCGCCUGCCUUCGCUCAAACCUGUCAUGAACACUCUCCAAACUCAAGUCUACGAAUUCUACGUGCGUGAAGUCUUCGGCUCCAAAACACCGCUGGCCAAACACAUUGCUGGCGGCCUCCGCGAUUUCUUUUGCGAGUUCUCAACUUUGGAAGAGGUUGAGAAGCACGUCAUCCCGGCGCUUGAAAAGAGUCUGCUCCGUGCUCCCGAAAUCGUUCUCACAAGCAUUGUGAGGCCCUUCUUCGCUUCUUUGCCCAAGCAGUUUGACUUCUCCAAGAUCCUCAAGGAGAGGCUGCUGAAGCCCCUUUUGUCCAGCAUCAAAUCUAGCAAUGCCCAGGUCCGGGCUGGUGCUGUUGCUGCUUUCCGCGACAUCGUCCCACGAUCUUCUGAUGAAAAGCUGCUCGCUGGUAUCAUUGAUGAGAUCCUGAACCCUCUAAAGUCGGGCAAGCUUAGUUCCGCAGACCACAGGGUCCUUCAUGCUGAGAUGCUCGAGGCUAUUGAGUUCCCCAAAGCUUCAGCUGAGAAUGUUGCAUCUGGUAUUGCAACUAUUGCUUCGAAAGAGGGUAAUGAGCCCGCUCUCGUUGCAGAGACGGCAACAUUGGCCAAGGCAGUCUUGCAGACCCUGUCUAAAGGUGGGCAAAUUCCCAAAAUUGUUCUUGAUACCUUGUCGAAGGGUCUGGCCGAUAAGAAGCUCAACCCGCGAAAGUUAUGGCUGCUUCUCACUGGUCAAGUUUUGCGGAAUGUGGGCAAUGGAGAGUUCCCUCCGGGCUUCGAGGCUUUCUUGGACGCGGUUUUGCCCAAGGUGAUUGACAACUUUCAAGAAGUUGUCACAAAUCCUAGUUCGGCGGUCCAGAGUGGCAUUGUGGUCGGAGCCUAUAUACUCGCUGCUCUAUCUACAACCAUACAAACGCAUUUUUCUGCCAUGAAGUCUGUCCAAGCACUCAGCAAGGCUUCCUUGAUGAAGGAAGCACUUGCAGCCGGAGGAAAGGCUUCCUUCCUUCUUAGCCCCAGAAUCUAUACAAAGGUGUCCACGGAAACCGACCUGCGCUGGUUUUCUCUUGCUCUUUUGAGCCUUGUCGCGGCCUUUGACGAAAACACGGACAAAGACACUGUUCUUGCUUGGUCGGAGGCGAUCAUUUUCCUGAUUUCGGGCUCGGACAUCCCCCCACAGAUUCAACAAGAGACAACAAAGAGUCUAUCCCAGAUUUACCGGGUAUAUCCGGAGCUAAUAGCUUCGGCUAUUAUGGACGGCCUGUGGAGUAUUGUUCUGAAUGAGACUACGAAAGAAAAGGAAUUCAAGGUUACCAAGGAGAGCUUUCUUCAUGCUCUUAGGUCCGUCUGCCCUGAGCCCGAUAGUGAAGCGGAGACUGCCCGCGUGUCUAGGGAACAGCGAGAAGACCAAGCCUGCGCCCUACUAGUUCUCGCAAGGCCCGAAAUAGUCCCGAGAUCAAGCUGGAUUACACUCUGUCUUCGCAUGGGUGUCGAUCCGGGUGAACUUGCCGGGAAGUAUCAGAACCGACUACUGAGAGAGAUGGAAGAACGUGCCUCCAGCGAAAAUGCUGUUGUGAGAGAAGCUGCUUACAACGCUGCUGCGGAGCUUGCUUUCGUCGCACCUGACACAAUCAUUCCAAGCCUGAUGGAUAUCAUUGGCCGGGACCUUGAUGCCGAACGGCUGACCAAAAUUGGUCCCGUUGAGGCAGCAAUCUUCAGGACGCCCGAUGGGACCUGCUUUGUCGAUGUUCUGGCUAAGAAGUCUCAGACUUCGGUACCCAACAAAAAUACUAAGGACUACGACACUCUAAAAUGGGAAGAGGAAUUGAGAAUUCAGCUUGAGACCAAGAAGGGUCAGAAGCGGAAGCUGACGCCCGAAGAAACGGCUAAGGUCAAUGCGCAGUUGAAAAAAGAGUCAGAAACCAGGGGAUCCAUCAAAAAUGUCGUCACGCGCUUUAACCGGGGUCUAGGCGUUGUUAAGGCUCUGGCAACUGGACCACCCACGGAUGCGAGACUCUGGAUUGCCAAGUCUCUCCAACUCCUCCUUGCCAUCUCAGAUGCAGGAGCGGGUCUCAUCAUGGGUGAUGCUGUCUCUUCUACGCUCAUUAUCAUCUCCGACAAGGUAUCGCCCAGGCUAGGCUCUCUUCGACCGUUUAUCGGAGCUGCCACACUACGACUACGUGAGCUUUCUCUUCCAGAAAACUAUAGCGAGGAGCCGCUCGAGGACCUUGUGACAAGAGUCCUGUACAGACUCCGCUUUGCAGGAGAGCAGCGGCCGUUUGACUCCGUGUCUCUGACUUAUGUUCUCCCGCUUCUCUUCGACCUUUUGAGUAAGGGAGGCACUGGCUCUGAUGCAGAUGACCGAGACGCCCAGCUUGUUCUGGUCUUUGAGUUCCUGUCUUUCCACACCAACGUUUGUGCCGAUGAAGCCGUCCCCCGUGGUCUGCUCAUAUCCGCACUAAUUGAUUCGAUGCAAAAAUAUGCCCAGCACUACAAGAUGAUCAGGGACUGCUUUGCAGACAUGUGUCGCUGUGUUGCUCCCAACAUCAGCCAUGACGAGGUUGAAAUCCUCACCCGAGGUGUUAUUGUAUCUCAAACUGGUGUCCGCACCACUGUGCUUCAGUCGAUCAGUUCCGAGAUAGACGUGAGUGACUAUGGCUACUCGGACGAAAUCUGGCUCGCUUGUCACGACGAUGAAGAGGAAAACCAAGAGCUCGCAAGGGAAAUCUGGGAUGAGUGCGGCGUUGAGAUUGGAGCCGAUGUCCCGGCUAGGAUGCUGCCCUACCUGCAGACCAAGAAUGCACAGCUUCGACGAGCGGCCGCUCGCUCACUUACCGAAGCAGCCGCCUCGCAUGAAGGUACAUUGGAUGACAUCCUGUUGCAGCUCAAAUCAUCGUAUCAAGUGUUGGCCAAGCCCAAGGUGCAGCUGCUGGAUGAGUUCGGCAUGCCCCUGAAGAUGGAUCUCUCAGACCCUUGGGAGUCAAGGCAUGGUAUUGCCACGGCUUUCAAGGAGCUCGCACCUCUUCUCAGCAAACCGCAGCUGGAUUCUCUAUUCGAUUUCAUGAUCACCAAUGGACCUCUUAGUGACAAGAAUGGCUCUGUAAGGGCUGAGAUGCUGGACGCUGCAACCAAUGCCAUUGACAUUCACGGAAAAGGAGCAAUCGACAAGCUUAUGGCUCAGUUCGAGCACACGCUGGGGGCUACAGAUAAGAGUAGUGACGAAUCUGACCGCGUGAACGAGGCUGUCAUUAUCAUGUACGGCGCUCUCGCGCGCCACCUUGACCCUGGUGACUCCAAGAUCCCUGUCGUCAUCGAGCGCCUGCUGGCUACUUUGAGUACCCCUUCGGAAACCGUGCAAGCCGCCAUUGCGGACUGUCUCCCCCCUCUCGUCCGAGUCUGCUCGGAUAAGUCGUCCAAGUACUUUGACCAUGUUAUGAACGAGCUUCUCAAUUCCCAAAAGUACGCCACACAGAGAGGUGCCGCGUACGGUUUGGCAGGCUUGACCCUCGGCCGUGGUAUUGCAUCCCUACGCGAAUACCGAAUCUUGUCCUCGCUCAAGGGCGCACUGGAGAACAAGAAGGACGCCCACCAGAGAGAAGCGGCUUUUCUAGCUUUUGAGCUCUUCGCAACCAUCCUCGGACGUCUCUUCGAGCCGUACGUCAUUCAGAUCGUUCCCCAGCUGCUGGCAGGUUUUGGUGACGCCAACGGCGAUGUUCGAGAUGCUUGCCUUGCCGCGGCCAAGGCUUCCUUUGGAAAUCUGAGCUCUUACGGUGUCAAGCAGAUCAUGCCUACGCUUCUCUUUGGCCUUGAUGACCAGCAAUGGAGGAGCAAGAAGGGUGCCUGUGAACUUCUCGGUGCCAUGGCGUACCUGGACCCUCAGCAGCUGGCCACCAGCCUGCCCGAGAUCAUCCCGCCCCUCACAGCUGUGCUCAAUGACAGCCACAAGGAAGUCCGGGCGGCAGCAAACCGCAGCUUGAAGCGAUUCGGAGAGGUUAUUAACAACCCCGAGAUCAAGAGUCUCGUCGAUAUCCUCCUCAAGGCUCUCAGUGACCCGACCAAGUACACCGAUGAGGCCCUUGACUCCCUCAUCAAAGUUCAGUUCGUGCAUUACCUUGAUGCACCAUCUCUUGCCCUGGUCACCCGCAUUCUCCAACGUGGUCUCGCUGAUCGCUCUAACACCAAGAGGAAGGCUUCCCAGGUCAUUGGAAGUCUUGCACAUCUCACAGAAAAGAAGGAUAUCAUUUCCCACCUUCCUGUCCUUGUCUCUGGUCUCAAGGUUGCUGCUGUGGAUCCUGUUCCCACCACCCGCGCCACGGCAUCCAGGGCUCUUGGAUCACUGGUUGAGAAGCUUGGAGAGGACGCAUUGCCCGAUCUUAUUCCCGGCCUCAUGCAGACACUCAAAUCUGACACCGGUGCUGGUGACCGCCUCGGAUCUGCCCAGGCCCUCAGUGAAGUCCUCGCUGGUCUGGGGACAACGAGAUUGGAGGAGACUCUCCCCACGGUCCUCCAGAAUGUGGAGUCCUCCAAGCCGGCGGUUCGCGAAGGAUUUAUGUCACUUUUCAUCUUCCUUCCCGUUUGUUUCGGAAACAGUUUCGCCAACUAUCUCGGCCGCAUCGUUCCCCCUAUCCUUGCUGGAUUGGCAGACGAUAUUGAGUCAAUCCGUGAGACUGCUCUCCGUGCUGGCCGACUGCUCGUCAAGAAUUUUGCUGUGCGCGCUGUCGACCUUCUCCUUCCUGAACUGGAGCGCGGUUUGGCCGACGACAGCUACAGGAUCCGUUUGAGCUCGGUUGAGCUCGUGGGUGACCUUCUCUUCAACCUUACCGGUGUGAAGGCUGACGCCGAUGACGAGGAAGAGGAAGAGAAGGACGAGACUAAGGAAGCCGGUGCCUCCCUGAAGGAAGUACUGGGCGAGGAAAAGCGCAACAAGAUCCUGUCGGCUCUCUACGUGUGCCGCUGCGAUACCGCCUCAUCUGUGCGUGCGGCUGCCAUCGCCGUCUGGAAGGUCCUAGUCCACGGCCCAAGGACCCUCAAAGAGCUUGUCCCAACCCUCACGCAGCUCCUCAUCAAGCGCCUUGGAAGCUCCAACAUGGAGCACAGGGUCAUUGCCAGUAAUGCCCUAGGCGAACUUAUUCGCAAGGCUGGCGAUGGCGUACUAGCAACCUUGCUGCCUACUCUAGAAGAGGGUCUUCAAACAUCGAUAGACACAGAUGCCAAGCAAGGCAUCUGCCUUGCCCUCAAGGAACUCAUUUCCUCGGCCUCUCCAGAGGCCCUGGAGGACCACGAGAAGACUCUCAUCUCCGUCGUCCGUACUGCCCUCACUGAUUCCGACGAGGAUGUCAGAGAGGCUGCUGCCGAGGCUUUCGAUUCCCUGCAGGAGAUCUUCCAGAAGCGUGCCGUGGAUCAAGUUCUGCCUUACCUUCUGACGCUUCUGCGCUCUGAGGAGCAAGCAGAUAACGCACUAUCAGCCCUCCUAACACUUCUGACAGAGACGACCAGGUCGAACAUCAUCAUCCCAAUUCUAAUCCCUGACCUCGUAAAGCCACCCAUUUCUGCAUUCAACGCCAAGGCUCUUGCGUCAUUGUCCAAGGUCGCCGGUGCCGCCAUGAACCGGCGACUUCCGAAUAUCAUUAACUCUCUUCUGGACAACGAGGUCCACUGUCCUGAGGAAGACCUACAGGAGGAAUUGGCGAAGUCUCUCGAUACUGUCAUCCAGCACAUUGACGAGUAUGACGGUCUUAACAUCAUCAUGAGCGUCCUUCUGCAGUCCCUCAAGCACGAGGAUCAUCAUCGGAGGGCUUCUACCGCGCGCCACUUCGGAAGCUUCUUCAUGGCCGCCAGUGUGGACUACUCUCGCUACAACCAAGACAUCAUCCGGUCGCUGCUCAACUCAUUUGAUGAUAGCGACAUGGAUGUCGUCAAGGCUGCCUGGGCGGCUCUCAUUGAGUUCACCAAGAAGCUGAAGAAGGAGGAGAUGGAGUCGCUCGUCGUCUCGACCCGACAGACCCUCCAGCGCGUCGGUGUUGCCGGUUCUAAUCUCCGCGGCUUCGAGCUUCCAAAGGGUGUCAACGCUAUCCUGCCCAUCUUCCUUCAGGGUUUGAUGAAUGGUACAGCAGAGCAGAGGGUCCAAUCUGCUUUGGGUAUCUCCGACAUCGUCGACCGCACGAGCGAAGCAUCUCUAAAGCCAUUCGUCACACAGAUGACUGGUCCCCUCAUUCGUGUGGUAUCGGAGCGUUCUACUGAGGUCAAGUCGGCCAUUCUUUUCACCUUGACGAACCUGCUUGAGAAAAUACCUACGGCCCUUAAGCCAUUCUUGCCCCAGCUACAGCGCACGUUUGCCAAGUCUCUUGCCGACGCUUCGAGCGAGACCCUGAGGUCUCGCGCCGCAAGGGCACUGGGCACUCUGAUCAAGUACACUCCCCGAAUUGAUCCACUUGUUGCUGAGCUCGUUACCGGAUCUAAGACAACAGACCCCGGUGUCAAGACGGCCAUGCUUCAGGCCUUGUACGAGGUCAUCAGCAAGGCUGGCGGUAACAUGGGAGAAGCAUCCAGGUCGGCGGUCCUAUCCCUGAUAGACAUGGAGACAGACAGCCAAGACGACACAAUGACGAUUACUAACGCCAGGCUCCUGGGAGCCCUCAUCAAGAACGUUCCUGAAGAAGCCGCCAACAACCUAUUGCGGAAUCGUGUUGUUACGCCGCAGUUCAGCAAUGCUUCAGUCCUUGCCCUCAAUGCAGUUCUUUCGGAGUCGGCCGACACAUUGUUCAACAGUCCUCUAGCAGAAGACUUGCCUGGAACUUUGUGCCAAGGAAUGUUAAGUUCAUCGGUCUUCAUCGCCAACAACUUCAUUUUAGCUACGGGAAAGCUUCUACUUUCGUCGCCCCCGAAGAACUUUGAUAGCAUCAAACAGAUCUUCAAUACUUUGGCAGGGAUCAUUGAACCUGGAAAUGCGACAGACUCGCGCCGUCUAGCACUGGUGGUAGUCCGCACCGUCAGCAGAGAGGAUACGGACUUGGUCCGACCUCAUCUUCCUGGCUUGGCGCCUCCAGUAUUCGCUAGCGUCAGAGACCCCGUAAUCCCCAUUAAGCUUGCUGCUGAAGCUGCCUUUGUCGAACUCUUCAGUGUUGCCGACGAGGAGAACCGCGUGUUUGAAAAGUACACUGCUGGUCCCGGCGCCAGCCUGCCUCCCAACACCAAAAGAAGCAUGGGCGACUACUUCAAGCGUGUUGCCACGAGGCUUGGAUCACAAGCCCGUGAGAGGAGAGAGGCAGAGGGAGGUCAACCAGGAGGAUGGGGCUUGUCUAACGACGAGCAAGAAGAUGAAAAGGAGAUUUGGAGCGUGGGCAAGGUCGACAUGGGAGACUCAGCCUUUACGGUCAACCUCCGAACUCAGAAGCGCCUGGCCUCAUCGGUCAUCGGCUGCGGAAAGCGCAAGAUCUGGCUCGACCCCAACGAGCAGAACGAGAUCUCCAACGCCAACUCUCGCCAGACGAUCCGCAAGCUCGUUGCCGAUGGCCUCAUCAUCCGGAAGCCCGUUACCCAGCACUCGCGCUCGCGCGCCCGUGAGCUGAACCUCUCCCGCCGCGAAGGCCGCCACCGUGGCUACGGUAAGCGCAAGGGUACCGCCGAUGCCCGUAUGCCCCAGCAGGUCCUCUGGAUGCGCCGCCUCCGUGUCCUCCGCCGCCUCCUCGUCAAGUACCGUGCCAACGGAAAGAUCGACAAGCACCUGUACCACGAGCUGUACCACGCCAGCAAGGGUAACACCUUCAAGCACAAGCGUGCCCUGAUUGAGCACAUGUAUCUUCUAACAAGUAUCCCACACCCACAGAUCCACCACGCCAAGGCUGAGAAGGCCCGUGAGGCCAGGCUCCAGGAGGAGAUGGAUGCCAAGCGUGCAAAGAACAAGGCUGCCCGCGAGCGCAAGGCUCAGAGGGUGGAAGAGAAGAAGACUGCUCUUCUGGAGGAGUAA